UUGCACCACCAAAAAAUUAAAACUUCUGCUGUUUUUUUUUUUUCCUUAGAAGAAAGCUGUAAAUUCAAUACUAUCCAUAACAAGGCGGCUAAACCUUUCUUUCUGACAGAUAUUAUCAGAAACCCCAAAAGUCCAAAACCAAUGAAACCAGUCUCUUCAUUUUCUUCUGAAGGCAGAGAUUGACAAGAACCAAAAACAAAGUACAGCCUUUGAUAGAGAAACUGAAGCUGCAUACGAAGAGAAGCUUUAUCCUUUACAUGACUAAAAUGAAUUCCAUUCUUUCAAUAUCCUUCGUCGUUCGAUUCACAACUGAAAAAAAACCAUAAAAAAACUGAACUUUUUUGUUUAGUUGUUGAAUUUCAAUUGCAUCCUUGUGUUGCACACCACCUGUUCGAGUGAAUGUCCCACUGAACUUCUUGCAGUGUGUUAGUAUUCCGUCGAGAAGUUUUGAAUCCAUUUUACUUCUAUGACGAUUAGUACUCUACAUCGUCGUCCACACCGUCUACUUCUCGGCACAGGUGCUGAUGGAUCUCCAUCGGAGACAAGCGGAGGGCGUACAUGGAGCUCCUCCACUAACGAAGCGAACUUCGAUACAAACAUGGUCAUAAUCUUAUCAGCUUUGCUUUGCGCGCUGAUAUGUGUACUGGGAUUCAACUCCAUAUUUCGUUGCGCCUUGCGUUGCAGCAGGAGGUUUGCGUUUGAGACCCCAGAUGAGACCGCGGCACGCCUUGACGCGGCGACGGGCCUCAAGGAGAGUGCACUUCGGCAAAUCCCAGUUGUUGUAUACGGUGCUGCGCAGAUCAAUAUUGUGGCUACUGAUUGCACAAUAUGCCUUGGAGAGUUUGUGGGUGGUGAGAAAGUUAGGGUCUUGCCAAUGUGUAAUCAUGGGUUUCAUGUAAAGUGCAUUGACACUUGGUUGGUUUCCCACUCUAAUUGUCCUACCUGCCGCCGCUCCUUGCUGGAUCAAGUGCUCACGACUUCUGAUGCUGCAUCAACAGCAGGAGGUCAUGGAGAUGCGCAUAUGACAGCAGAUGAGGUUGGUUGAUUCAUCCCAGAAAUAGAAGAAAAAAGAAAAAAAAAAUAAUUUUAAGUGUGUAUUUUAGGUUAUUAAGUAUUAUGACUAUGCAUGAGAAAAACAGAAACAAUGAAAGAUGCUGGUGGGAUUUGAAGGCUAUUAAUUUCUUUGUGAUUAAUUACUUAUGGUACUAAGGAGACUAAAUAAGGUGAAAACAAUGAGGAAUGUACAUUGUUUGUUGAAAAAUUCCCUAAUCGUGAAACUAGAAACAGAGAGAGAUGGGAAAUUAUUCGUUUCAAGCACUAAUGGAAACGGAAAUUUAAGUUCUCUAAAAACCAAUCUUAUUGCCAUCCCUAGAUUUUUACUGGUUAACCUUAGUUAUGAAACUUGAUGUGCCUAAUUUCAUUAGGAAAAAUUGAGAUUU